AAGUUUAGGAAUUUCCAGUAAGUGAGACAGCAGCAUUUUUGAACAAGUCAUGAAUUUUGGCUAAAACUAAAAUUCUAUGAUGGGCGGGUUAAAAAAUGCCAAGACAUCUGUGUAUUUAAAAAGAAAGAGGGAGCAUGCCCACGUGGGUAGUCUGCAGGAACGAGACAAAGGAGCGCCAAGUAGCCUCACGGCUCUGAGCUUAUUCUCUCCAGCCCUUCAUCUGGGUAUCUACAGUGAUUUCUCUUCUGGACCCUACCUCAGAGAGCACGCGUCAACGGCCUAGUGAACACACCAUUACUAUCCUGUGCCAUUGCCAUAGAGGGACCUCAGCCAUCAAUCACUAGCACAUGAUUGAGAGACAGAGAAUGGGACUUUGGGCUUUGGCAAUUCUGACACUUCCUGUGUAUUUGACAGUUACCGAGGGCAGCAAAUCGUCCUGGGGUCUGGAAAAUGAGGCUUUAAUUGUGAGAUGCCCCCAAAGAGGACGCUCGACUUAUCCUGUGGAAUGGUAUUACUCAGAUACAAAAGAAAGUAUUCCUACUCAAAAAAGAAAUCGGAUCUUUGUCUCAAGAGAUCGUCUGAAGUUUCUACCAGCCAGAGUGGAAGACUCUGGGAUUUAUGCUUGUGUUAUCAGAAGCCCCAACUUGAAUCAGACUAGAUACUUGAAUGUCACCAUACAUAAAAAGCCGCCAAGCUGCAAUAUCCCUGAUUAUUUGAUGUACUCGACAGUACGUGGAUCAGAUAAAAAUUUCAAGAUAACGUGUCCAACAAUUGACCUGUAUAAUUGGACAGCACCUGUUCAGUGGUUUAAGAACUGCAAAGCUCUCCAAGAGCCAAGGUUCAGGGCACACAGGUCCUACUUGUUCAUUGACAACGUGACUCCUGAUGAUGAAGGUGACUACACUUGUCAAUUCACACACACAGAGAAUGGAACCAACUACAACGUGACUGCCACCAGAUCAUUCACAGUUGAAGAAAAAGGCUUUUCUAUGUUUCCAGUAAUUACAAAUCCUCCAUACAACCACACAAUGGAAGUGGAAAUAGGAAAAACAGCAAGUAUUGCCUGUUCAGCUUGCUUUGGCAAAGGCUCUCACUUCUUGGCUGAUGUCCUGUGGCAGAUUAACAAAACAGUAGUUGGAAAUUUUGGUGAAGCAAGAAUUCAAGAAGAGGAAGGUCGAAAUGAAAGUUCCAGCAAUGACAUGGAUUGUUUAACCUCAGUGUUAAGAAUAACUGGUGUGACAGAAAAGGACCUGUCCCUGGAAUAUGACUGUCUGGCCCUGAACCUUCAUGGCAUGAUAAGGCACACCAUAAGGCUGAGAAGGAAACAACCAAUUGAUCACCGAAGCAUCUACUACAUAGUUGCUGGAUGUAGUUUAUUGCUAAUGUUUAUCAAUGUCUUGGUGAUAGUCUUAAAAGUGUUCUGGAUUGAGGUUGCUCUGUUCUGGAGAGGUAUAGUGACACCUUACAAAACCCGGAAUGACGGCAAGCUCUACGAUGCGUACAUCAUUUACCCUCGGGUCUUCCGGGGCAGCGCGGCAGGAACCCGCUCUGUGGAGUACUUUGUUCACCACACUCUGCCCGACGUUCUUGAAAAUAAAUGUGGCUACAAGUUGUGCAUUUAUGGGAGAGACCUGCUGCCUGGGCAAGAUGCAGCCACUGUGGUGGAAAGCAGUAUCCAGAAUAGCAGAAGACAGGUGUUUGUCCUGGCCCCUCACAUGAUGCACAGCAAGGAAUUUGCCUACGAGCAGGAGAUUGCUCUGCACAGCGCCCUCAUUCAGAACAAUUCCAAGGUGAUUCUUAUUGAAGUGGAGCCUCUGGGUAAGGCAAGCCGACUACAGGUUGGGGACCUGCAAGAUUCUCUCCAGCAUCUUGUGAAAAUUCAGGGGACCAUCAAGUGGAGGGAAGAUCAUGUGGCCGACAAGCAGUCUCUAAAUUCCAAAUUCUGGAAGCAUGUGAGGUACCAAAUGCCAGUGCCGGAAAGAGCCUCCAAGAUGGCAUCUGUUGUGGCUCCGUUGAAUGGCAAGGCAUGCUUAGACCUGAAACACUUUUGAGUUGAGAGCUGCGGAGUCCCAGCAGUAGGCACCGGAGUGCAGGUGUGAAGACUUGAAAUGCCAAGGGUGGGGGCCCCAAAUCUCAGCUAAGGAGCAACUCUAGUUUAUUUUCCUGGUUAUGGGAGGAGCCACCCAUCGCCUGUUUCCGGUUUCCUUUUCCUACUUCACUCUUGUGGCACAAGAUCAAACCUGAGCUUUUUCUCUUUUAUUUCUCUUUUUGUUCCUUCUUUUUAAAGAUUUUUGUAUUGGUUAUCUUAUUUAUCUACCUUUCAAAUGUUAUCCACCUUCCCGCUGCCCCCUCUACAACCCCCCUCCCCGCUUCCCUCCUUCCCCCCUGCUUCUAUGAGGGUGCCCCCCACACCUUCCCAUCCACUCCAGUCUUACAGGCCUUGUGUUCCCCUACGCUGGGGCAUCGAGCCUCCAUAAGACCUCCCCUCUCACUCAUCAAUUAUCUACAUUCUGAAUAUCAAGCCGACAGGUUUGUUUUUGUUUUUGUUUUUUUUUUUUUUGGAGACAGGGUUUCUCUGUUUAGCCCUGGCUGCCUGGAACUCACAUUGUAGAUCAGGCUGGCCUCGAACUCAGAAAUCCACCUGCCUCUGCCUCCUGAGUGCUGGGAUUAAAGGCAUGCGCCACUACGCGGGGCUAAGCUGACACUUUCAGAAUAAAGUUCUGAUUCACCUGAAAGAGCAGUCUCAUUCCCAGAGGCAGAGAGCAGGAAAGAGCCUCCAAUGUGCUUGUUCAGGCACAGCUGACAUUAUUUGCUUACUAGUCACAGGAAAACAAAGUGUUUCUCCAUGUUGCCUCUUGUAUUAGAUUAGGAAGGGAAUCCCUGUAUUAGAUUAGGAAGGGAAUGAGCCGUCCUACAGACCAGUUUGUGAAUUGUGGUGGAAAAAGUGUUGAAGUUUGUUAAAUGCUUGUUAGCAAUGUAAACCUCAUUCCUAACACACCAGAAUUUCUUACUUUUUAUUUGUCAAUUACCGAGUUUUGUCAAGUCAGUAUUAACAGAUUUGGUUGAAUACCUUUCCCAAAUUGCCAUUACAGUCGAGCAUGUUUUCAGUUCUAAAUGCCUUUUAUAUAUUCUUCUAUUCUUCUUAGAAAUACUUCCUCACUUUAAAAGUAAUGUAAAGAUGUAUUAGAAAACAUAAGGUGUAAGAGAAAAUAUGAUAAAAUAUAAAAAAUAAUA